AUGCUAGUUACAAUAGAAAGUCCUCCUGUGGAGUUUCCUGUAAAUGUAUUAUCACGCCAGGCGACAUUUGAAAUUCAAUAUGGUCAUAUACAACGACCUACUCAUUUUAAUACUUCUUGGGAUUGGGCAAAAUAUGAGGUUUAUGCUCACAAAUGGAUUGAUGUAUCAGAACAUGAUUGGGGUGUGGCACUUUUAAAUACAAAUAAAUAUGGCCAUGCAGUUCAUUCCAAUGUAAUUCGGCUUUCUUUGCUGCGAGCCUCAAAGAGUCCAGAUCCAACAGCAGAUAUUGGAGAACAUAGAUUUUCAUAUGCUCUCAUGCCUCAUACAGGGUCAUUUCAACAAGCAGGUGUUAUUCAACAAUCAUAUCAACUUACCUGUCCACUUCAGUUAUAUCUUACAAACAAUCCAGGAAGUCAUCAUCCUCCUCCUGGCUUUACAAUGCAUAGGGUUUUACCUUUAGAAAUACACGAAUCCCUCAGUUGGUUUCAGGUAAGCGACUCUGCAGUUAUUAUUGAUGCUGUCAAGAAGGCAGAAGAUAGAGAAGGAUGUUUACUUGUAAGAUUGUAUGAAGCUUAUGGGAGUCGAGUGAAAGUAACAUUGAGAAGUUGUUUGCCGAUAAUAAAAGUAACGUUAUGUAAUGCUUUAGAAGAUAUAGUGAAUGAACCAGGAGGAGAAGUAAUGUGGAAAGGUGGUAGUGUUGAAUUAAAUUUUACACCAUUCCAAGUGAUAUCCCUACUCCUAUAUUUAGAAAUGUAAUUUCUUUUCUAAAUUGUAAUACUAUUAUUUUUAUUGAUUACAUAACAAUCCUGCCAUUGUAGAUGUUGUUAAUAUAUACCAGAGGCAUAAUGAAAAUUAAUUUAUAUGUGAUUAAAA